CCAUCCCAACGCUUGCAGAUAGCGUGUCGACCCCAGAAUUCCCAGCAAUUCAUCUCCCACCAUGAUGCGCACCAAAAGAACCAACACCCAGCCGUUAGAGGACGCCUCCAUCUCGCCCGCCACCUUCACGGACGGGCUGCCCCUCCCGAAACUCAUCGCCUUCGAUCUCGACUACACGCUGUGGCCAUUCUGGGUCGACACGCACGUCAGCGCUCCUAUCAAGCCUCGCGACAACAACUCCCGUUGCACGGAUCGCUGGAACGAGUCCUUCGCCUUCUACCCCGCCGUCUCCUCCAUCAUCUACGCCUGCAAAAGCAAGAACAUCCCACUAGCACUGGCCUCCCGCACCCACACCCCGGACCUGGCCCGCGACAUGCUCAAAGCGCUACACAUUAUCCCCACAUUCUCCGACAACCCGGCGGCGAAGACCAAGUCAGUGCGGGCGCUGGAUUACUUCGACUACGUGCAGAUUUUCCCGGCGAACAAGACGCAGCAUUUCUCGCGCAUUCAGCAGGCGAGUAGCGUGGCGUAUGAGGAGAUGCUGUUCUUUGAUGAUGAGGCGAGGAAUCGCAAUGUCGAGACGGAGUUGGGGGUGACGUUUUGCUUGGUGAAGGAUGGGAUGACGAGGGAGGAGGUUGAUCGGGGGGUGCGGGCGUGGCGGAAGAGGAAUGGAAUCAAGUCGAAGAAGGAAGGGGAGGAAGAGGAAGAAUGAUGCUAGAUUUGGAUGAUUGUAGAUAUGGGAUAGGGUGUUGGCGUUUGGAUUGGGUUCUUGUAGAGUAUAGAGAUACCCGGAUGGAAAUAAAUCUUUUGAAUAUAAUAUAGGUACAUCUUAGUUAUCAGAGGUUAGAUCCUG